GGAAAAACAAAGAAGGCUGCUGUUAGUUGUCAGACAGGGGCCGCCCCGCCUUGGGGCGAGAGAGCUUGAGAGUGCUUGAGAGGGGAGGGAGGGGUGGAAGAUUUGUGGUGGCACUGCCCGGGCGCCCACCCGCCGAGUCUCGUCACUUUGACGUCAGAUGGAGAGACCAGCCAGAGCAGACAGCACAGCAGUGACAGCACCCUCGGGAGCAACUGCUCUGUGAGGCACAUCAUCCCACCCGUCGGGACGGAGCGCGUGGAUUUGGUCGGGCCUGGACGCGAAUUUUGCAUCACAUCGCAUCACACUUGCAUUGGUUGUUGUGUCUUUUCGCCUCCCCCUUGGGCCCUUUUGGACGAAUUCAGCCCGAGGAGGGGGAGAAAGAGCUGAUGAGAAGCUGCCACGAGCAAGCGGGCACCGGCGCAUCCCUGGUAAAGGUACAAGUACAGUAUACAGGUACAGGUAUUGGUCUAGGCCGACGGCUCGGGGAUGCAUGCAGGCUGCCCACUCGACUCGACUGACUGACGGACGGACGGACAGACAAUCAGGACUGGACAAGAUACGUUCCGAGAUAGAUGCCAUCACAAACAGUGGUUAGACAAUAGCUGCCAGAAGGAAAAAGACCACCCCACAUACCAAGUUUCUACCAAGCCCGUUCCGGUCCGCGCCAAGCUCGCACGCGCCCGGGGGCUCGGGGCUGCCCAUCAUCAUCAUCAUUCAUCAAUUCACCACCCGGCCUACCCGACUGCCGUGCAGGCCAAGCAACAAUGAUUAACUUUGGAGGUUUGCCCGCCCGGUCAGCAGCUGCAGGAGGUGGCACCAUGGUGGUCAAUAGGUGGCGCCCAAAUAUGGGCCGACUUGACCUGCGUUGGGGUUGGUCCCGUCACUAGCAGCACCUCGCAACGGGUGACCGGCCGGCGAGCAUCUGUUAGCCGUUACCUCGCCGUUGGCGCGUCCCGCCCUGCACCCGGCAGGUCGCUCCCGAUCUAAGACGGUCGAAGUCGACGACGUCAACCACUGGUGGUUCCACCACCACCGCCACCACUAACUAACGUUACCUUACCACUCCUGACACGCCCUCAAAUCAAUCUUCUUUUUUUUAUCCUUGGAUGCUUUCGACGCCGCCGGGCUGCUGCUGCUGCGAGCAAUUGCCCGUGGCCUGAUCCGCCAAUGCUAGCACGCAGUACAGUACAGCCUACGAAGUACAUUGUACCCCAUGCUUCCAUGCCAAGGGGGAGGAGGAGGCCCGAUUGCCCCCGGGCGGCAGCCACACCCGGCAGCUUCCCGCCGCGAAGCUCCAUCUCAUGUCGACGCCCGUGGAUCAUGCAUGAUCCCGAGUCUUCCGCGUCCACACACCUCCCUUCCUUGCCGUCCAUCUUUCCACUCUCUGUCUGCCUCUCGUUCUACUUAUCCAUCCGCCCAAUUAUGCCACGGCCUGCCAAUGGCUCCAAUCCACACAAGCUCUCGCUCGCACACCCCUCCCUCCCCUUGGAGGGGUUGGCUGCAUGCAUUCGGCUGAGUGUAAGUGACGUGUUGAGUGCGAGGAGCUGGUCCACGACUUCGCCCCGGCCUUGAAAUAAGCUUCGACGGAAGGCCGUGGGCCGAAUCGGCGAUGCUGCGACUCUCCUGCUAUAUAUCGUGCCGUUGCGAGUGCAACCUCGCCUCGCCCGCCUCGCCCGCCUCGUCCCCUCUCGUCCCCUUUCUCUCGUCCCCGUCUUCUUGCCUUGCAGCAUCGCAUUAAUCUCUGUCCCACCCCCUUCAUCUCGAGGCCUCUCCACCUUCACUGUAGCAUCACCAGAUCCUCGCUUUGCCUCGUCCAGGUUCCUAUAGCUCGAGACGACACGAGACGACAAGAUGAGCGGCGACGACGACAAGUCUCUCUCGGCCUUUGGCCCGGCCCGCUCGACCAUCAAGGGCAACCCCCUCUCCAAGGAGGAGAUCGAGGUCUACAAUGACUUCUUCCACGCCAGCUGCUACCUCGCCCUGGGCAUGAUCUACCUCAAGGAGAACCCGCUGCUGCGAGAGCCCCUCAAGAAGGAGCACCUCAAGGCCCGCCUGCUGGGCCACUUUGGCUCCGCCCCCGGCCAGAUCUUCACUUAUAUGCACAUGAACCGGCUCAUCAAAAAGUACGACAUCGAUGCCUUUUACGUGUCCGGCCCGGGCCACGGCGCGCCUGCCGUCCUCGCCCAGUCCUACCUCGAGGGCGUCUACUCCGAGGUCUACCCCGACAAGUCGCUCGACGUCGAGGGCAUGCAGCGCUUCUUCAAGUGGUUCUCCUUCCCUGGGGGCAUCGGCUCGCACGCGACGCCCGAGACGCCCGGGUCCAUCCACGAGGGCGGCGAGCUCGGCUACUCCAUCUCGCACGCCUUUGGCGCCGUCUACGACCACCCGGAGCUCAUCGCCCUCACCUCGGUGGGCGACGGCGAGGCCGAGACGGGCCCCCUGGCCACGGCGUGGCACAGCACAAAGUUCCUCAACCCCAUCACCGACGGCGCCGUGCUGCCCGUCAUCAACCUCAACGGCUACAAGAUCAACAACCCGACCAUCCUCGCCCGCAUCACCCACGACGAGAUCCGCGACCUCUUCGUCGGCUACGGCUGGGAGCCGCUCUUCGUCGAGGGCGACGACCUCGACACCAUGCACCAGGCCAUGGCCGCCACCAUGGAGUACGCCGUCGGCAAGAUCCGCAAGUACCAGAGGGACGCCCGCGAGAGCGGCAGGGCCACGCCGCGCCCACGCUGGCCCAUGAUCGUCCUGCGCUCGCCCAAGGGCUGGAGCGCCCCGCGCAAGGUCGACGGCGAGUACCUCGAGGGCUUCUGGCGCGCCCACCAGGUGCCCAUCACGAGCGCCGCCUCCAACCCGGACCACCUCAAGACGCUCGAGAAGUGGAUGCGCAGCUACGGCCCGGACCGCCUCUUCGACAAGGACGGCGCGCCCCAGCGGGCGCUGCGGGAGCUCACGCCCAAGGGCAACCGCCGCAUGAGCGCCAACCCCGUGGCCAACGGCGGCGUCGUCAGGAAGCCGCUCAAGAUGCCCGACUUCCGCGACUACGCCAUCGCCUUCGACCGCCCGGCCACGCACAUGAGCAGCAGCAUGAAGAACAUGGCGCUGUUCCUGCGCGACGUCAUGGCCAAGAACCCGACCAACUUUCGCCUCUUCGGCCCGGACGAGACCGAGUCCAACAAGCUCGGCGCCGUCUACGAGGUGACCAAGAAGGUCUGGAUGGGCGAGUACUUUGACGAGGACAAGGACGGCGGCAACCUCGCGCCCGCCGGCCGCGUCAUGGAGAUGCUGUCGGAGCACACGGUCGAGGGCUGGCUCGAGGGCUACAUCCUGAGCGGCCGCCACGGCCUGCUCAACAGCUACGAGCCCUUCAUCCACGUCAUCGACUCCAUGGUCGGCCAGCACUGCAAGUGGAUCGAAAAGUCGCUCGAGGUCGGGUGGCGCGACAAGGUGGCGUCGCUUAACAUCCUCCUCACGUCGGUGGUCUGGCGGCAGGACCACAACGGCUUCUCGCACCAGGACCCGGGCUUCCUCGACAUCGUGGCCAACAAGAGCCCCGAGGUGGUGCGCGUCUACCUGCCGCCCGACGGCAACUGCCUGCUGUCCGUCAUGGACCACUGCCUCAAGUCGGUCAACUACGUCAACGUCAUCGUCUCGGACAAGCAGGACCACCUGCAGUACCUGACCAUGGAGGAGGCCGUCGCCCACUGCACAAAGGGCAUCAGCAUGUGGCCCAAGUUCAGCACCGACGCGGGCGAGAACCCCGACGUGGUCAUGGCGUCGUGCGGCGACAUCAGCACCCACGAGACGCUGGCGGCCAUCGACCUGCUGCUGCGGCACUUCCCCGACCUCAGGAUCCGCUACGUCAACGUCGUCGACCUCUUCGUGCUCAUCCACCCGUCGGAGCACCCGCACGGCCUCUCGGAUCGCGAAUGGGUCAGCCUCUUCACCGAAGACACCCCCAUCGUCUUCAACUUCCACAGCUACCCCUGGAUGGUCCACCGCCUGACCUACAAGCGGCCCGGCAGCUCCAACGUCCACGUCCGCGGCUACACGGAAAAGGGCAACAUCGACACCCCCCUCGAGCUCGCCAUCCGCAACCGCACCGACCGCUUCAGCCUCGCCAUCGACGCCAUCGACCGCAUGUCCCACCUGCGCAACCGCGGCGCCACCGCCCGCCAGGCCUUCCUCGACGAGCAGAUCAAGGCCGCCAACGACGCCUUUGAGACGGGCGUCGACCCGGAAUACCUGUCCAAGUGGACGUGGCCCCGCAACGGCCUGUGGCAAAAGGCCGCCGAGAAGCUGCCUCUGCGGUCGUAGAUGAAGGGAUACCUGGUAGCUGUAGUUGCUGUAUUGGGAGUGGCAUAUUCUUGGGUGUAUUUAGUGAAUUAAUGUCGAUUACUACAAACAAAGUACCUAGGGGGGGCCGUCCGAGGCUCCAGUCAGCUGAAAAGGCGCCGCGCCGUGUCUCGCACUAAACCAUCGUGAUUCGUUUACGCACUUCAAGUUCCCAACGUCUCAACUACACACGCGUCCUCUCAGCAGGCACCCGCGUUCGCAACACCAAGAAAAAAUAAAAUAAAAAUCCUGAAGCAACUAGAUGCUGCCAUGCUUCCACCAUCAAAGCAUCCGCGUUGACAAGCGCUCCGCGACACUCUUCGAACCCUAGCGGCGAGCGAGAGACGAUUGCGCCGCCAGGGUCAGUCACUGUCUGUCAUGUCACGGCAAGCGCCGCCCGCGCCGGGAACCAGACGACGGACUGUCGUGCGGCCUCCCGAGGCGCGCAGCACGCAUGACACAGUCACCGCCGUUGACGGCAGGGUCUUCUCCCGUCCGUGUGCGCACCUGGGCCUGCAGUCGCCGUGCUGCUGCGUGCUGUGCCGGCACGACAUUCUGCGCGGCGAGAUGGCCGCUGCCGAAAUCAGUAUCGUGUCGUACAUAAGCUAACGAAUCCGGUCGUCGCCGCGCCGAAACACGACGAUAGUUCUUGGCCACGGAGAAGAUCGGCGCCUCGCGGGCUACACGCUGGGCUUCCGGCUCCCGGCCCUGGACUGCAGGUUCGCGCACCAGACCGUCUACGAGCGCCGGCGCACGAGCCUAUGGCGGCUGUGCCGCGGGUGUGUCGGCGCGGGUAACGACGACGACGCCUGCUUCUUCUUCUAUCACGUGGACUGCUUCCAUGCGAUUGAGAGGCAUCGCGGGAGGCGGCUGGGUCUGGAGGACUUGCUGGCGCUGGGCAUGUGGACGCGGGGCGUGCCGCGGAGUAUCAUGGCCGUGAGCGCCUCGCCGUCCCGAGCGUUCGUGCGCCUUGGGGUUGACGAUGCCAUCGAUACAGACGUCGUCUGGCUCAAAAGGCUGCGGGCUUUCCCCCAAGAGCUCUUGGACCAGAUAUACGGCAUGUGUCACGAGUCGUGUCUCUGGCGCUACUUCUCCGCGCUGGGUAGGUUCCCGCUCAUGGAGCCGCUCCUGGACCGGGAUAGGGAGGCAACGUUGCUGUCGCUCGGGGAGCUGGGCUCGUGGAAUCGCUGGGAUGGCAUGACAACAUCCCCGUCAAAGGCCUCAGAGCUUCUCGUACGACUGUGUCUGGAUGAGCUUGGAGUCGUGUCCGUGGAGCGCGUGUCCGCCGACGACGACGACACGGCGAGUCCACAGCACGGGGGCACCGGAUAUAUUGUCGAGCGUGUCGACACCAUGAAAGGCUAUACAUGUGCGGUCAAGG